UCGACGGUCAGCCUCCGCUCUGUGCGUGAGCCCGCAUCACUACAUCAUCUGCAACGUGGUCAACAGUAUAUCUCCGUUUUGUUAUUAUGUCAUGGAGCACUCGCCGAAUCGCAAGUCACUCCAAUUAUACACAGUCCUGGUCUUUAUUUUGACCCUACGACGAAUAUUUAUUUCUAUAAUGAUUAUUGGAAAGUAGUAACUCAUGUCGAUAUUCACUCGAUAGAACCUCAUCUUAACAAUAUAGACAAACUCAUCGUACAAACUUCUCUUCUCUGUACAAAAAUCCAACAUGAAGAUUACUCAAACUGUAAGGAUAUCUUCAGUCCUAUAGAAGUCUUAUUAGAAUCGAACUACGUCAAAAGUCAUUCUCUGUCUCAUAUUAUCUCUCAAGAUGUUCCAUCUCGCUUCAAAAGGUCACUCGAAUUUGGAGGCGAAAUACUUAAAUUUUUCUUUGGCACCCUCGACGCUGAUGAUGCGCGAAAAUACGAUUCCGCCAUUAACUCGUUUCAAAAUAAUGAACAUGAAAUCUUCAAUCUCAUGAAAGAAAAUAUUCAUGUAGUUAAAUCAUCAAUAACUUCUUUUAACUCAACUAUUAGUAAAUUGAAUCAAAACGAAUUAAAAUUAAACUCGCAAAUUGACAAACUAAACGAAAUCUUGUCUUCCACUGUAAGAAGUAAUAAUAAUCUAAUUUAUACUUCACGACUUAACAUUUUUAUAAACAUUAUUGAAGGAUCGUUAUUGACUAUUUCUAAUUUCUUAGACUCUAUCAUUAAUGCAAUUUUAUUUGCGAAGGUAAAUGUAUUACACCCUUCUAUUUUAAGUCCUACUAAUCUUUUUAAUGAACUGUCUAAACGAAGCAGUUCUGUAGAUAAUAAACUGGACUUCCCAGUUCCUUUAAACUUAGAUAAUAUACAUACCCUUAUGGAUGUAUCUAAACUAAUUUCUUAUUAUUAUAAUAAUAAAAUAAUUUUUAUUAUACAAAUUCCUCUUAUAUCUCCUAUUAAGUAUGUUGUUUAUAAAACGAUUCCAUUGCCAACUCCUCAUGAAAAAACAAAUCCUAAUACUUUUUCUCUAAUUACCCCUACUAAAUCUUAUAUUGCUCUUGUCGAGCCUGAAGUGUCCUACUGCUGA